AUGAAGAUUGUCUCAGGUGCAGGUUGGUGCUACCAGUCCCAAGUUACAUGUAAUCAUACGUGCACAGGUCCAGAAACAUGGGAAGUGGUUUCCCAGCACUGCGGCGGCAGAUAUCAGUCUCCUGUUAAUAUUGUUACGAGGCGAAUGCUACCAGAUGAACGUCUCACUUCUUUUCACCUGACUGGCUAUCAAGAGACUUUUCAUGGUCGCCUCAUGAACAAUGGUCACACUGUUCAACUGGAUUUGCCCUCCAAUAUAAGGAUCAACGGGGGAAAUCUGCCUGCAUCAUACAAGGGGCUUCAAGUUCACCUGCACUGGGGCAACGCUGGAGGGCCAGGGUCUGAACACACCAUUGACGGAGAACAAUUUCCAAUGGAGAUGCAUAUUGUUCACAUAAAAGAAGAAUACGACUCUUUAGCCCAGGCUGGAAAAGACCGCACUGGUGUGGCUGUUCUUGGAUUUUUCUUUCAGGAGUCUGCGUCCGCAAAUAAGAAAUUUGAUCCACUCAUAAAUGCUCUGAAAUACAUCCCACAACCAACCAACAGCACCGAACUCAAGGGUGUGUCCCUGGACAUGUUCAUUCUUCCCUACAACACCAUGACCAAGUACUUUCGCUAUGACGGCUCCCUCACAACACCCAACUGUGCUGAAGCUGUUGUCUGGAGCCUGUUUGAAAAUGCUAUUCCUCUCAGCAAGAAACAGCUCGCUGCAUUUUCCCAGCUUCGGUUCCCUAAUGGACAACAGAUGGUCAGAACUUACAGACCAGUGCAGCCACUGAAUGGGAGGCAGGUGUAUUACUCCGGAGGCCAUGCUGCUGCGGCUAGCAUCGUGCUACUCAUUACAUCAGUGCUUGUGUCCAGUGCACUCUGCCUGCACGAUACAGCAUGAAAGCCGUUUAAUUAACUCAACCUUUAUGAAGAAAUACUGCUGUCUCUGUCCACUGGUGAUUGUCAAAUACAAGAAAUAUAAUGUACUGUAUAUUUAAAAGUAAAUUAUGGAUGUGUGAAUCUACUGUAUGCACUGUGUGCGAUGUUAUGGCUAUAGGUUUGUGCUAAAGUGUUAUAAGCAUUUUCUUUCUUUGUUCUAUUCGGUGUGUCAAAUAUGAAUUGUAUAUUUAAGUUGAAGAUUUAGCAUCUUAACACCACAUAAUUCUUCUUUUUGUGAUUCCUACAACAAACUGCAGUGAAGUUCACUGACAAUAUCAAUCAAUCGUUUUUACUGCUUUUGAUUCCAAAGUUUCCUUGUUGGAUGGCACAGCACAAUUUACAGAGUGGGGGACUAAUAGCUAAUAUUGCUGUACCAUGUGUUGUAAUAUGUGAUCAUAUCUGUGAUAUGGAAAUGUUUCCUUCCUGUUCUGCACACGUUUGAACUCUGAACUGUACUUUCUUCAGCCACUGGCCAGUAAAUCAUCUGAAUGAUGGCACACAUGUUCAUGUCGUGGUGCUAAAAAAGGUUAAGCCAUUGGUACACACUGUUUCACCACAGUAGUUUGUAAAACAUUAUGUAAUCAGUGAAUAAACAAAGGAUAAGUUC